AUGGUUCGUGGUGAAACUAAUGCCAUUAACAAUGGACAAAGAAUUAUUCUUCCAAAGAGCUUUACCGGUGGUUCAAGGUACAUGUUUAACAAUUGCAAGGAUGCUUUUGCAAUAUGUAAAUAUGAUGGAUAUCCAAGUUACUUUAUCACUAUGACAUGUAAUCCAAAAUGGAAUGAGAUAAAAAGAGAGGUAACAUCUCAAGGACUCCAUGCAGAGGAUAUACCAGACAUCUUAUGUAGAAUAUUCAAGUUGAAGGUUGAUAAAUUAAUUAAGGAAUUGAAGAAAGGAACAUUCUUUAGAAAGAUUAUUGGAUACUGUCUAACUAUAGAGUUUCAGAAGAGAGGUCUACCACACACCCAUCUUCUUUUGUUCAUGCAUCCGAAAUCAAAACCACGAACUGUUGAUGACAUAGACAAGGUUAUUAAGACAGAGAUUCCAAAUAGGGGGGAAAAUCCAAAAUUGUAUGCUGCUGUUGAGAAAUAUAUGAUUCAUGGUCCAUGCGGUCAUUUAAAUAGUAAGAGCCAAUGCAUGAUCAAUGGUAAAUGCUCAAAGUUUUUUCCCAAAGCAUUCAGAGAUAGGACAAUUAUUGACGAAGCAGGCUUUCCAAGAUAUCAAAGAAGAGAUGAUGGGCGAACUGUAUCAAAGAAAAAUGUUGAGGUUGACAACUCCUUCAUAGUUCCAUACAAUGCCGGUCUUCUUUUAAAAUUUGGAUGUCACAUCAAUGUUGAGUAUACUUGCCAAACUUCAGCAAUCAAAUAUCUGUUCAAGUAUCUUCACAAGGGUAAUGACAGGGUGACAGCUGUAUUUUAUCAAAACAAUGGAUCUCAGGUAGAUGAAAUACGUAAUUAUUAUGAUUGUAGAUAUAUAUCAGCAUGUGAAGCUGCAUGGAGAUUGUUUGGUUAUCCUAUUCAAAUGAAGGAACCAGCAGUAAUAAGAUUGCCAUUCCAUCUUCCUGAUGAUAUGCCAAUUGUUUACAAAGAUACCGAUACAAUUCAGUCGGUUGUUGAGACUUAUUUUUUCAAGAAAUCUAUGUUGAUUGGAUGGUUCAAAGCAAAUGAAGUCCAUAAUAAUGCAAGAAAUCUGACUUAUUCUGAGUUUUCAACAAAAUUUGUUUGGAAUGGAGAGCAUCAUAUGUGGACUCAGAGAAAGCAAGGAUAUGCCAUAGGAAGGAUAUCUCAUAUACCACCAAUGAAUAAGGAAGAUUACUAUCUAAGGCUACUUUUGAACAUUCAAAAGGGAUGCACGAGUUUCAGCAAUCUAAGAACAGUUGAUGGUGUCGUUUAUGACUCCUUCAAAGAUGCAUGCUAUGCUCUAGGAUUGUUGCAGGAUGACAGAGAAUUCAUUAAUGCAAUCUCUGAAGCAGGAACAUGGCACUCUGCAACUUUUUUAAGGAGACUUUUUGUUGUUUUAUUAACAUCAAAUAACAUGAGUAGACCAGAUUUUGUUUGCAAAAGACUUGAAACUUUCUCUCUGAUAAUGUACUAUAUGAACAAAGAAGAUUACUGCAAAUGGAAGAUUUGA